AGACAAUUUGAAUCUGAACAAUUUUUAUCUCAAUAUUUGAUUUUCUUUCGCCCUUCAUGGUUGGUCUGGGGAAUAAAUAGGAUUCGCGGGAAUUUUCAGUUUGACCUUAAAGCUAAUUAUUUCGUAGUGUGUAUUUAGGGCAAUUUAUUGCCGGCAAAUUCACCCCUCCGUAUAAUUUUAAUUUUAUUACAGCAGGAAGAUUUUCUGGAGGAAGUUAAUUUUCACCCGAAUCUCUCCCGUGUGUUAGUCCGGUCCUCCACCUAACGAAUUUGGGUACUGAAAUAAAUAGGAUCACCAAACACCGCCUAAUUGAUUAUCCUCAAAAUUUUCCACUUCGCCUUUCUAUCUUCUCUCUCUCGUGUGGCUUCGUUUUCGAUUAGAAUUAGGUAUUUGUGAAUCAGAGUGAAAAGGAGCGGAUCAUCGUCAUGGAGAAAGGAGGUCGAGGAAAAUUUGCCGGAGCAAGUUUGUACCCGGAUCGCAAACGUAAGUCCUUUUCUAAUUUCUUUUAUGUUUUUAAUUUUGAUUUAAUCUUUCUUUGUACUAGUAUUCAAUCACUCGUCUGAAUUUUCGCUUUUCCCACUUACUGCCUCUUACGAGAUAUUUUGAUGGUCCUAAAUUUUCAACAAAUACUAACUAUGUUUCAAAAUUAUUAUCCAGUUCGAGAUUUCACUUUUAGUACAUUUUGAACUAGAAAUGAAAAUGAACAAUAAUUAUGGAACGGAGGGAGUAUGUUUUUUUUUUUGCGAUUGAAAAAAAAAAUAAAUUUACAUUUUCUCAUGCAUUAUGUUCUCAUAAUAAUUAAGAAACAUUUUGAAUUUUUUUUUCUCAAUUAGAAAAACAUAUGAAACUUAUGAUAAAUCAAAAUAGCACCUUAUAAUAAAGAAUGGAGUAAGUGUUAAAUGAAAAAUUGGAACUGAUGAGGGGUUUCAGGGAGAGAGAUAGAACCAUAAGGGCGGCUGCCUGUGUGGCGUCGUCUUCCACCCGGCAUGAGGCUGAGCAGGCGACAAUCAGUCAACCAUACCACCCCGACUGGUUAGCAACUAUGCAAAAACAUUAUCCGGGUUACGAAAUGUGGUACAAUAUGACUCACAAAGAGCGUAGAUGGGAGCUGUCUCUUCAGGGUGCUCUCGAAUUUUGCCCAAAGGUUCCUCCGAAGAAGUUGGGAAGUUAUGGUGACGACGCAUCGUGCCAUAUAUACAUGGAACUCUUGGUUGAUUGUCCUCCCAAUAGACUUGGUAACUUUUCUGAAUACAUGUAUAUGCUUGAGACAACAUCAGACAUUUCGAAGAUUAGCUUAAUGUCUAAACAAUUUUUGUUUUAACUGUUGAAGUAAAUUGACAUCUUUGUUAUCUUGUGUUGUUGAAUGUUAAAUAUAGGCAAUGUUUUGUGGAAACUUAGUGUUACGUAGUUUCUUUAUGUAUACCCCCCUCUUAUUUCUGUUGUGGUCUGUCAAAGUAGAAAUUGGGUAUCAAAGCAAUUAUUUUCAUAUUUUGUGCUACCUUCUAUUGGCUUUUAACAUAUAUAUGUUUGGGAUGUCCAUCAUGCGCGCAGAAGAAUACAACCUUCCGGCGCCAAGUGCUUUAGGUGAAUCUGUCCUUUUCGUUCCAUUGAAACUUCCGGAGCCUCCAAACCCAUGUAAGAUGUGGAACACUCUUCUUAAAGAGGUAUACACACACACACACACACACACACACACACACACAUAUAUAUAUGAUACUUUUUGAGAAGCCCUGGAAUGGUUUUAAUGAAAUGAAUGACAUGUUAUGAACAGUACUUUAUUGCAAGUUUUGAUUCACGGUGAUGUUAUUAAAAAGGGUACCAUUGAACUGUGAAUUAAUUACCAUCUCAUCGUCUGUUGUUAAUGUGAAAUGAAGUGCCAGGAAGACAACAGCCAUUUUGAUGCGAUGUGGAAGUGCCUGGGCUUUCAAGGUUUUUUGCAAGAUGAAUGUUCUAUUAAUAUUGACAAAAAGAGUUCUGCUUAAGAUUUUCUGGGGAUACUGGCAUCCCAUGCGAAUUAUUUAUUGUUGAAUAACAUUCGAGAAUUACUUUCACUCUUCCUCUUCUUUAUAUCGUUUAACAUUCAUUAAUCACACACACACACAAAAUGUGUACUCCCUCUGUCCCAUAAUUAUUGUCCAGUUUAGAUUUUCAUUUCUAAUUUAAUUAUACUAAAAGUGAAAUCUCAAAUUGGAAAAUAAUUUGGGACAGAGGGAGUA